AUGGCUUCCGAUUAUCGAACUGCCGAAAAGACCACUCUGCCAUACGCAAUAGACCUUGUCAAGCAAUCGGGUGUAGCUUCUACUGCUGGACAACCACUCGCCAUUCUUGACCAGGCCUGUGGCACAGGUGUUGUCGCGGUCGCCCUUCAUGAUGCGUUUCGUAGCCAAUCUGAAAAACAUUGGCGCUUGACGUGCACUGAUCUGUCAAGCUCGAUGGUCGCUGCAACUCAAGAACGGAUCCAGAAAAGCGGCUGGGAAAAUACCGACGCGGUGGUCUCUGACGUCCUGAAAACAGGCUUCCCUGAAGACCAGUACACCCACGUCUUUGGCGCAUUUAUCUUCAUGGCACUCCCUGACUCUCAAGCAGCUCUGGACGAGGCACUUCGUAUAUUGAAGCCAGGGGGAACAAUUGCUAUAGUAUGCUGGGGAUCUUUUGGCUGGAUCGAUCAUGUCAAUGCGGCGGCGGCUUCCUUGCCAGGGAACCUUCCACAAAUAUCCACUGAAGACUUUAUGAGAGCCAUGGGAGAUGGAAGAUGGGAGGAUCCCACCUGGGUCAAGACGCAAUUUCGGAACCGAGGUUUGAACGAAGUUCAGGUCACUUCUGUUGAAAAAACGAUUGCUCAGGGAAUAUCGGAAUUUAGCGCGCUGCUGAAGGGUCCUUUGAAUUUUAUCAUGUCUCGUUUCUGGACCGAAAAUCAACGUCAGCAAAGCGGCGCUCAAUUUGCUCCCGCACUGACACAGCAUCUGGAGGACUUAUACGGAAAAGGCAAUCAGAUGGAGAUCAAUUCUACGGGAAUCGUCGCCACUGGUACAGUGCCACACUGA